AUGUUGGGCUUUCACAGAAGGACACGGUCACUGAUUCCGGUCAAAGAGUUGGCCAAGUACGAUGUUGUGCCGUUCGAGGAAGACAUGGAUUCGUACGAGAGCGAGAGCGACGGAGAGGAAGAGAUGGAAAAGCACUGCACAGACGCACCAAAUCCCAGUGCGCACUCGCGAAGAAGGCAACUGCUGCUUGUCUACCUCGUCUUCUUCGCAGAAGCCAUCAUGGCCUCGAGCCUCCAACCCCAGCUCCAGAUGCUCCUCUCGUCCUCUGAUUACUGCGGUAACAUCUCCACGGCCUAUCUUCGCAGCAUCCUCGACUGCGCGUAUGCCUUCGGCGGCACCACCGGCCUCUUCUGGGGAUACCUGGCGGAUCGCAUGGGCCGGCGGCGCGUCACGCUGAUUGGACUGUGGAGCAUGGUAGUCUGCUGCUUGGUCAUGGGUUUUGCGACGAACCUUGCUAGUUGCGCUGUGUUUCGCUUCUUCGCCGGUAUGGUCAGUUCGGCGGUCGUGUGUACCACCCUGACUAUGAUGGGGGAUUUGAGUGCGUCAGCAGAGGAGAGGGCGAGGAACGUUGCGAGGUUGCCCUUGGUCUCGCUGUGUGGCUCUGUCGGGCCGCUGGUGCAGGGCAUGGUCUCGGAGAGUCUCCAAGCCUACGGGAUGGUGUGGGAGAAGUUCCCUACACUGGGGUCAGAGCUGGCUUGCGCAAUUGUGCUCUUCGCGAUCGCGAUGGCUGCUUCACUCAUGCUCAAGGAGACCUUGUCCCUUCACUACGAGUUGCCUACCGAAUCCAUGGAUCUGGACUGCGAGAAAGCAGCCUUCCUUACACGCAGCUCGGAGGACACCAACGUCACUCUUGUCGACUUCGCCCGCCCGGAGCCCAUCACUAUCACGCAGUUCAUGCAAGCGCCCUCACUCCUGGUCCUUCUCUCAUCCUUCUGUCUUCUCUCUCUGCACGCCGCAACCUUCGACGUCCUCCUCCCGCACCUUGGCCAAAGCAGCACACAGCACGGUGGCAUGGGCAUUCCCUGCGAUUGGCUCAGCAUUGUCGUCCUGGUGGUGCGCGGCGUCGCCGCCAUGGCGAUCCUCUCUCUCAUCCCCUACGCUAUGGAAAAAUAUGGUCUGCUCAACUUGUACCGUACGGUCUCGCUUCUAUUCCCUGCCAUCUACAUCAUCACGCCACUCCUAGCUCUCCUUGUAGCUUGCUCCGGCCUCGCAUCCCUCCUGUCCAUUUUUGCCAUCUUAACAAAACACAUACUCGCAAGCGGCGCAUUCGUACUCGUUACUCUCCUGGUUCUGAACACCACACCGGACGCAUUCUCAGCAGGCACAGUUGUUGGUAUGGUGCAAGUCGCAUCGCUCUUCAAAGCUUUCGCUGUCGCCGUGAGUGGUGCGAGCUACUAUGUUAGCAGCGACGUCAGUGUACCCGUCACCAACUUUGCGCUUUGGACAUGCCUAGCCAUCAUUGGGGCAGCAGGUGCAGGGUUGGCGUGGUUCGUAAAGGAGAGGCCGAGUGUGGGAUUGGAUUUCAAGGGCGAGGUACUCAAAUGGGAGAGCGUUUUUGACUUUGAUGCGGACGACUUCGAGGAGAAGUUUGUCAUUGGUGAAGAUUGA